UGGCUGGCUGGCGGGCUCAGGCCUCAGCUGCUGUCUUGUCUGUUUUCGGGUCCAGCGUCAUGAGCUCGAUACUGGAUGAGUAUGAGGAUUCCCAGGCCCGGGCCCGCUCCCGGCCAGCCGGCCUCCCGUAUCAACAGCAACGACUUGGCGGGACAGGCAUCGGGCAGUCAGGUUACAUUAGUGCUCGUUUGGAAGAGGAGAAGCCAAUCUUUUCCAAACAGAGAAUUGAUUUCAGCCCUCCCAGCGCCAUCAGCCACCUUGUGGUAUGCAACAACCAGCUGUGUAUGUGCUUGGGCAAGGACACCCUGCUCAGGAUUGACCUGGGAAAACCUGACCAACCAAACCAGAUUGAAGUGGGGCGCAAAGAUGAUGCCAGGAUCCACAAGCUGUUUUUGGAUCCCUCAGGGUCCCAUCUCCUGAUCAGCCUCACCUCCAGUGAGUGUCUUUACCUCAACAGGAACUCUCAGAAAGUGAGAAGCCUCUCCCGCUGGAAAGGACAUUUGAUCGAGAGUGUGGGUUGGAACAAACAUCUGGGGAGCGAAAGCAACACUGGCCCCAUCCUGGUGGGGACCAGCCAAGGACAGAUGUAUGAGGCAGAGGUUGUGGUGUCGGAGGAUCGACUGUUUAACUACAGUCCCGAUUUGUUCUUCAAGUAUGUGUACAGCCUGGAGGAAGACGGGUCCCCAGCUCCUGUUUGCUGCCUGGAGAUUGAGCGCAUCACUGAGGCGAAGCUCUUUGUUAUCGCCACCACCCGCAAACGGUUGUAUCAGUUUGUUGGGAGGGCCCCAGAGGCUGGUGAGCAGCAGCCCUUCCAGCCCAUCUUUAGCCAGUACGCUGACAGCUUGCCCAGCUUCCAGGAGUUCCCAGUCAGUCUGGGCUACAGUGAGAUCUCCUUCUACACCUCCAAGCUCCGAACCAGUCCCCGCUCCUUCGCCUGGAUGAUGGGUAAUGGUGUGCUGUAUGGCACUUUAGACUACAGCAGGCCCGAUUCCCUCCUGAGUGAUGUAAAGGUCUGGGAGUACUCAGCUGACAUCGAGCCCCAGCUCGAGCCGCCCCGCUCCAUUGUCCUCACCCAGUUCCACUUCCUGUUGUUGCUUUCUGACAGGGUGAAGGCCAUUUGCACGCUGAAUGGGCAGCUGGUCUUUGAAGAUGUGUUCCCUGAUAAAUUUGGCCGCCUCCUGCGGAUGAUCAAGGAUUCUGUCACUGGGCAAAUCUGGAUAUACACAGAGAAGGCUGUUUUCCGGUACCACAUUCAGAAGGAAUCACGGGAUGUUUGGCAGAUGUAUAUGAACAUGGGAAAGUUUGACCUGGCUAAGGAAUACUGCAAAGACCGCCCCGAGUGUCUGGACACUGUCCUUGCCAAAGAGGCUGAUCACUGUUUUCAAAACAAGAAGUACGUGGAAAGCGCUAAGUACUAUGCCCUAACUCAGAGGUACUUUGAGGAGAUUGCUCUGAAGUUCAUUGAAGCCAAACAAGAGGAGGCACUGAAGGAAUUUCUUCUGAGAAAGCUGAAAAACCUGAAGCUAGAGGACAAAACCCAGCUGACCUUGUUGGUGACCUGGCUCACCGAGAUCUACCUGAACUGGUUAGGCACACUCGAAGGUGAUGAGGGCAAGCAGAUCCAGUUUGACACGACCAGGGAGGAGUUCCGGAAAUUCCUGAGCGGCUCCAAAAUUAAGGAGUGCCUGCACAACAACCGCUCGACCAUCUAUGACCUCUUGGCCAGCCAUGGCAACGUGGAGGACAUGGUAUUCUUCUCUGUGAUCAUGCAGGACUACGAGCGGGUCGUGGCCCAUCACUGCCAGCAUGAUGACUACAGUGCAGCGCUGGAAGUCAUGUCCAAGUACCAGGACCCCGCUCUGUUCUACAAGUUCUCCCCUGUCCUUAUGCAGCACAUUCCCAGGCUGGUGGUGGAUGCCUGGGUUGGCAUGCAGAGGCGGCUUGAUCCCAAGAACCUUAUCCCAGCACUGGUUAACUACAGCCAGAUUGGCAGCUCGGAACAGAUAGGUGAAGCCAUUCGCUACCUGGAGUUCUGUGUGCACCAGCUGGAUGUCACUGACCAGGCAAUUCACAACUACCUGCUGUCGCUGUAUGCCAAAUACAAGCCCAAGGCCCUGCUAUGGUAUCUGGAACAAGGUGGAUCAAAUGCAAAUCAAACCCACGUUUAUUAUGACCUGAAGUACGCACUGCGUCUUUGUGCAGAGAAUGGCCACCAUCGGGCCUGUGUGCACAUUUAUAAGACAAUGGAACUGUAUGAAGAGGCGGUGGAUCUUGCACUCCAGAUGGAUGUGGAUCUUGCUAAGUCAUGCGCGGAUAUGCCAGAGGAAGAUGAGGAGCUUCGUAAGAAGCUGUGGCUGAAGAUUGCCCGCCAUGUGGUCCAGGAGGAGAAGGAUGUGAAAAAGGCCAUGGUCUGCCUCUCCAGCUGCAACCUGCUGAAGAUUGAAGACAUUCUACCUUUCUUCCCUGAUUUUGUGACCAUCGACCAUUUCAAAGAGGCCAUUUGCAGUUCCCUUCAGGAGUACAACAAGCACAUCGAUGAGCUCAAGCAGGAGAUGGAGGAGGCGACUGAGAGUGCCAAGCGGAUCCGGGAAGACAUCCAAGAGAUGAGGAACAAGUAUGGUGUGGUGGAGUCUCAGGAGAAGUGCGCUUCAUGUGACUUCCCAUUACUGAACCGACCGUUCUAUCUGUUCUUGUGUGGCCACAUGUUCCACUCGGACUGCUUGCUGCAGGAAGUGAUCCCCCACCUUUCCCCCUAUAAGCAGACCAGACUGGAGGAGCUGCAGAGGAAGUUGGUGACCAGCAACCAGGCUAAAUCUCGGCAGCGCCCAAAGGAAGGAGAGGGCAGUGACCGGGGACAGCAGUCUCGUGAUCAGAUCAAAGCCGACAUCGAGGAUAUUGUGGCAGCUGAGUGCAUCUACUGUGGAGAACUGACAAUUAAAUCGAUAGACAAACCUUUUAUCGAGCCACAAAAAUGUGAGGAGGAGAACAACAGCUGGUUGUGAGGUUUUUUUUCCCUGUGGUAUUCUGUUCCCACUCUUGGCCCAUUAUGUGCUGAAUCAGUGCCUCAGAUUCCAGGACUGCAGAGUGUUACACAUUUCACUUGUGACUGAUGCUUCUACGCUGCUGAAUAUUCAAAAAGUUUGUGUAGCUACCAAUGGUAGCAAAUAAAUUGUUAACAUAUUGUACAGUUAAA